GCGGCGUCCCUGUCAUGGCGGCCUCCACGCUGCUGUCGGCGUGGGGCCCUCUACGGCCCGGCGUCCCCGGCCUGUGCCGCUGCCGGCAGCCCAGGGGCCUGUGGGCGAACGCAUGGCGGCUUCCGGAGCCCGCGGGGUCCGGGCGGAGCGUGGCCGCGGUCAGCGGACCUGGCACCUCGGGCACUGACCGCUACUGCUUGGAGCUGCUGCGGAAACGAGAUUAUGAAGGCUAUUUAUGCUCCCUGCUACUCCCUGCAGAAUCCAGAAGCUCUGCUUGUGCACUGAGAGCUUUCAAUGUGGAACUGGCUCAGGUUAAGGACUCUGUCUCUGAGAAAACAAUUGGACUGAUGAGAAUGCAGUUUUGGAAAAAAACUGUGGAUGAUAUAUACUGUGACAGUCCACCACAUCAGCCUGUGGCCAUUGAACUAUGGAAGGCUGUCAAAAGACAUAAUCUGACUAAAAGAUGGCUUAUGAAAAUCAUUGAUGAAAGAGAAAAAAAUUUGGAUGACAAAGCAUAUCGUAACAUCCAGGAACUGGAAAAUUAUGCUGAAAACACACAGAGCGUUCUUCUUUAUCUAACACUAGAAAUAUUGGGUAUAAAGGAUCUUCAUGCAGAUCAUGCCGCAAGUCACAUUGGAAAAGCACAAGGCAUUGUAACUUGCUUGAGAGCAACGCCGUAUCAUGGUAGUAGAAGAAGAGUAUUCCUUCCCAUGGAUAUUUGUAUGCUGCAUGGUGUUUCACAAGAGGAUUUUCUACGGAAGAGCCAAGAUAAAAAUGUGAGAGAUGUGGUAUAUGACAUGGCCAGCCAGGCACACUUGCACCUAAAGCAUGCUAGGUCCUUCCACAAAAGUGUUCCUGUGAAAGCAUUUCCUGCUUUCCUUCAGACGGUUGCUCUGGAGGACUAUUUAAAGAAAAUUCAACAAGUGGAUUUUGAUGUAUUCCACCCAUCUUUACAGCAGAAGAAUACUUUACUUCCAUUAUCUUUGUAUAUUCAGUCAUGGAGAAAAAGCUAUUAAAAUAAUUUCGUGGCACUGAUAUUUACUUUUAUUAGUUUUACAAAAGUGUACUAGUUUACAAACAACAGGCACUGUUUACUGUUUAAGGAGAAAAUUCACUUAUUGGAUGAGUGUGUAGGUCACGGAAUUAAUGAGAAGUUGCUGUGGGGCCGUGAUGCCCAGAUUCUGCUGCAGGCACCGCCCUUGUCACCAGCAGCCCAGUGUCUGCUGUGCCAUCCCUGCAGAGUCCGAGCCCCAGGAGGGAGUAUCGUUUUAGCUGUGUUUAGGCUGCAGGCCAUGCUUCAGCCAGCAGAGGGCAGGGGGAAGCACGUCUCCUCCCGUCCUCACCCUUAGAGAAGAAUGGGGAAGGGGCUCAAGAAGUACUGGGUUUGCAUGCUGAGCAGCCAAAACCCAGGCGUCCAGGACAGCUGGGAAAUGCAUUUAUUUAGGGAUCAUGAAGAGUGAAGUUAAUAUUUGAGGAGUGUCAGUCGCUGUGUUGAGGGCCUUGUAUCUCUAACAUUUAAUCUUUACCACCCUGUGAAAAUUUGUCCAUGAUGAUAAAAUAACUUCUUUCAAGAGCUCGAACCCUAAUUUGACUUUAGAUCUGGCCGAUUUGAAGGCUUUUACUUUUUUGUUUACCCUUUUGCUUCACUCUCUAUUACUGAGCAUUAUCAUCAUGAACAAAACUGUAUUAACAAAAUGUGUAUUAAUGUAGGGCUUCCCUGGUGGCGCAGUGGUUGGGAGUCCGCCUGCCGAUGCAGGGGACGCGGGUUUGUGCCCCGGUCCGGGAAGAUCCCACGUGUCGCGGAGCGUCUGGGCCCGUGAGCCAUGGCCGCUGAGCCUGCGCGUCCGGAGCCUGUGCUCCGCAACGGGAGAGGCCACAACAGUGAGAGGCCCGCGUACCACAGACACACACAAAAGUGUAUUAAUGUAAAUUAAAUUAACAAAAUUGUAUUGAAUAUUCAUUAAGGGGAUACUACAUUUUUUAAAACUACUAUACUAGUUGAGCUUCCCACUAAAAAGCUCUGUGCUGUAUACUUUACAGUGUUCUCAUCUGAUCUUCAAAACUGUGAAACAAGGAACAUUUUUGGUAAUUAAAAAUUUUUAAUUAUAACAUACAUACUAAUUGCAAAAACCAAAAUUGUUUACAUUGCUGGUAGUUGGCAGAUCUGGACUCUGAAUGAGUCUCUGACUCCUAAAACCAGAAUUAUGCCCUAGUUUCCUUUUCCUUUCUUUUUAGUGGUCAUGUUUCCUGCCCACUCCCACCUCCGCUGUACCAUUUCUCUAUGCCAUCUCAAGCCUUUGGUUUCAGCUAUGAAUUAGUGCCUACUUCAAUUGUGAAUUAAUGAUGGCUUAAAGUAUUACACUUUUGUAAAUAAAAUUCAAAUGGAGAACUGC